AUAAUAAUCAACCGAAGGGCCGAUUGGAAUGUCGUUUAUGUCAGCAGCGGUGGCGCCGCCGCGUUUCGCCGUAGUUCGCUCGGCAGUUAGCCGCUCUCGGCGGCGAAGAAACUCCACUAACGCCGAUAAGGGAAAACAAAUCUCGAACCCGACUGAACAUUCGAACUCCGGCAAUUCAAUUGCAAAGAGUUCAUCAGGAUUUGGAAGCACGAAGAAAAAUCCGGAGUGGAAAUGCGUACAGAACUGCGGAGCGUGCUGUAAACUCGAUAAAGGCCAAAACUUUCCCUCGCCGGAAGAAAUUUUCGAUGACCCUUCCGACAUUCAGUUGUAUAAAAGUUUGGUGGGUGAAGAUGGUUUGUGCAUACACGACGAAAAAAGCACAAGAAUGUGUUCUAUAUAUGCAGAACGGCCAUAUUUUUGUCGGGUAGAGCGGGAAAUAUUUGAGGCAUUGUAUGGAAUUGACAAGAAAAAGGUCAACAAGGAAGCUUGCAGUUGCUGCAUAGACACGAUCAAAGCAGUGCAUGGAUCAAGCUCCACAGAACUGGACAGUUUCAACCUAGCAAUACGAAGCUCAUCAACAUAAUAGUAAAAAAUAAGGAGUUUAUGAGUUUUGAUUCAUUCAUGUAAUCAGUGUUAUGUAGUUGGAAUCAUAAUAUAAAUCUAAACAUAGACAAGCACUAAACCAACUUCUCUAGUUUGAUUUUUCUAUCAAAUGGGCUGUUUAGUUGUUUCAUUAAAU